GCACGAGGGCUCGUGGCAUCGCACAGGAGCUCGUGCAUGAAGAAGAAAUCAGAUUUUUUUAGGCCAUCUACCUUCAGUGAUCUCUCAGAUCGGAGAACCUUACAGGCUACCAGAGGGGCUCUUACAGGACACAACAUGUCCAGCACUACGCCACCCGGUGGCAACCCAGCGCACGAGACAUCGAAGACUAAACCCGCAGCCGAAGGACAUCCCCCUGCUCCCAAUGCUGACACGAACCAAAUAGAGCCGACGCGGGCACGGCACGCAUCACCUCCGAAGCGAAGAAAAGAGUCAAAAUCGAGUAAGAAGUCGAAGAAAUCUAGAACCACACACGAUGGGAAACCAGCCAGCGCUUUAUCGCCUUUGUCACCGAUCAGCGACGAGUUGCCAACGUUGUCACAAGACAGCAUUCCAACGCUCCGACACUCCGAUGAAGGCACGAUAGUUCUUAAGGAAGAUACUGUCUUUGCUCCGAUACACGAAGGUGGAAAAGCUCCCGUGGUGGUUCAUGUGGUGAGCAAGUCUCCAGAACACGGCGUCUCCCCCGCGGGGCAGCACAAACGCAUCUCUAAGAAUCUCGCCUCGUCUAGUGACUCGAAGGCGGAAGAACACGUCGAGAUAUUCAAGAAGGAAGCAGAGGUGGAGGAAGUGUCUGUGGGGCAGAGGAAAUCCCCUGGAAGUAGCCCCCAGAAGCAGCUGUCCGUCGAACGGAGGUCAUGGCCGAGUAUCAAGAGGAAGUCGUUUUUGCACGGCCUACGGGAAAGGAUAGUUGUCGUCAACAUAGCCUUCGUCCUCUUCGUCGUAUCCUGUACUCUAACCACUGUGCUAGUCCUCAUGUGGUUCCAGUGGGAUUUGGUCGAGGUACCUGUCGGGACCUACGGCACAGUACGCGGAUACAGGUUCGAUGUUGAAGGACGGACGAUGUACGCAUUUCUAGGCGUCCACUUCGCUCAAUCCACCUCGGGUGACAACAGAUUCAAGCUUCCCAUGCGUCUCGACAGCAUCCCGCACGUCGUUGAUGCAACGCUGCGAAAGCCAGCGUGCGUCCAAACGUCUGUCUAUGUUGGCAGCAAGAGCGUAAUUGAUUACCGUGAGACCGCCGAAGACUGCCUUCAUCUGAAUAUUUGGACACCGUGCUUGAUCUCGGAGCAACCCACCUGCCGGAAGACAGUGGUGAUCUUCUUGUUUGGAACGAAGUUUCAGAACGGCGACAACAACCGGUAUGACGGAAGGUACUUCUCUGCUCUGGGGGACGUCGUCCUUGUCGUGCCCAACUUCAGGUUAGGAGCCUUCGCUUUCGUGUCUUUUAAAGGGUUUCCUGAUACACCGGGCAACUUGGCACUUCAUGAUCAACAAAUAGCAUUGGAGUGGGUUUACAACUACAUCGAACACUUCGGAGGCCAGAGCAGCAACAUUGUUCUCAUGGGCAGUGGCUCAGGAGCUUGGUCUAUAGGAGCCCAGCUGUUGGGUGCGAACUCCCUCUGGCGGGCGCGCUUCUCCAGAAUAAUCUUCCAGGGCGAAGGGCCGCUCGGAAGACAAUAUCAAGGAAGCGUCAAAGACCUGUCUAGUGCCUUCAACUGUCCUCGGCGGCCCCCUCUGGCGGUGCUCGACUGCAUGAGAAAGACAUCUGCCAAGCUGAUAGUGGAGAGUACACGCGACGUCCAUAACCACUUCGGACCCACCAGAGACGUUGAUAUCUUAUCCAGUGAUAUCUAUACCCAAAUGAAUGACAACGUUAUUGAGCAGAACAAGGACAUCUUUCUGGGCUCAGUAUCGAACGAAGGAAGCGACAUGGCAGCCUACCUCACAGCUGCAACAGCACACAACACUGUGGAAGCGCUGACGGAGCUACUGGCCAACUUCGAAGUUGCAAACGUCAGCGCCCUGUGGAACGUGUACAGGAUGGAAGACAACGACACAGACAUCGCACACGCUCAGCAGCUGAUCAGCGACCUGCUCUACGUGUGUCCCCUCUUGGACUUUGCGGACUAUUUGGCAUCGAGGCAAAAUCGUGUUCACGCUUAUUUAUUUGACUAUAAGGCCUCCUUCUCUCCGUUUCGAGAUUCGCCCGGUGCCCCUCAGCAGCAUGACUUGGACUUUUUGUUCGGCGUCCCAUUGCGAAACACUGUGGCGUCCACGAAAGAAGAGGAGGAUCUGAGUCGAUUCAUGAUCAGUAUAUGGACUAACUUCGCAAAAACAGGGCAACUUCCAGAUGUGGAAAAGACGAGUUGGCCGUCUUACGGGCAGCAUCGUCGCCAGCAAGUGCGGAUAAGCCUCAACGAGAUGAACGUCAUAGAAAAUUACCACCGUACUCAAUGUUUAUUGAUUGAAGACUUCCUUAAAGAAUACGAUGGCCGUGCUGUGUCGUCUUAGGAUAAUUAUUUUGUUUGU